AUGCUACGCGAACGAUUGCUCCGCUUCGUGCUAAACAUUUCCUAUUACAACUCACUUGCGGUGGGUUUGCUGCCAGCGCCGCUGGACAAAAAAUCGUAUGAGUUCCGGUCCACACGGUUAUAUCUCGCGCACAGCGUCUUCGCACAUAUCUUCUAUUUAGUGGCCAGUACAUGUGCCAGCUUAUAUUAUUUCCAUGCUGGCUACAUGACGAUCCAUCUGGUAUUACAAUGGACCUACAACAUAACGAAUGUAACGAAAAUUUUCUUCAUUAUAGUUUUGAUCAAGGAGAUAUGGUGCAAAAGACGUUGCGUUAUGGAAGCUUUUGUGGAUUAUUUUGAGCUGGAAGCACAACACGAAGCAUUUCUAUGUGAACAUCAAUACAAAGAAACAGAAGAAAAUGAAAAUGAGGUAUACAUCAAAUACUUGAAGCGCUAUACUGCCAGCCUCAUCAUUUGCAAAUUCUUUCUUGGCUAUGGGCUUCUCCUCUUGAACGCUUAUAUUUUUAUAAGUCAACAUCCAGGUAGCGAUCCGUGGUACCCACCCAUUACCUUUAUCUCAUACGUAUUGAACACUUUUGCCCUAACCGUUUCUGGACAUUUCUUCUACGUAUUCUGCCAACUUUAUAGACAGUUUGCGCAAAUAAACUCACAGCUGCAUUUGUUGUUGGAGCAACUCCAUCAACACCAAAGACCGAAUGAUGUCGUAGCAACAGUUUUUGCCCGGCGUAUUAACUCUCUGGCCACAUUGCAUCUGGAUGGCUACCGUCUGGCACAACGUAUUCUCACCAUCGGAGAGCUCACGCUGGCCGCUUUGUUGUUGCGGUUGUUUGUUGUUAACAUGCGUACAGUUUAUAGUGCUUGCCUCUUUCUUAGCCAAAACUCGCCUGAGAGUUUAUGGCCCUUGGCCAAUGAGCUCUUGUACACUUUCGCGUUCUUUGCUGAUACGAUAAUGGUAAUGGGUAUACUGGAUGCGACGUUGGACAAAUGCAAUGAUACUGGACAAGUACUGAGAGCGUAUGUUGAGGUGGAGGAUACGCACAAUGCUGAGUGUUUGAGAAAAGCGCUGGACUCAUUUGCAGCCCAUCUCAGCACUCAUAAGCUUCGUUACAAAGUUUGUGGCCUCUUCGAAUUCAAUAAAGGAUCAUCGUUGCACUUCUUUAUGAUGGUAUUGGUAAAAGUAACGGUACUAGUGCAAUUCGAUAUGCAAAACAAGUUGAAGGCGUAA